UGGUCUUCACCCUCUUGUUGAACAUACCAGAGCUUAAAAGCUGAACAGUUGAAGCUCUUUCCCCCCUCACAUGCAGUUUGUCUCAGUGUGACUCACAUCAGCAUUGGCUGGAGCAGCUUCUCCAUUUAAAGCAACAGAAAGCUGACUUCAGACAAUCUCUCAACAGGAAAGCAGCUUUUGAGAAGUUUGACAGUGGUGAAGGAAAGGAAGAUGCCUCUCCCGGUGUCAUUGCUGAUAUGUCUGUCAGUUGUCCAUCUGUGUAUGGGAGAUCAGCCUGUGGAGGAAGUCAUCACUGCCAAAAAAGUGCAUCACAUGGGAAGCUGGAUCGAGACUGAUCCCUACGCAGAGGACGUUCAAGAGGCCGUCCAGUUUGCAGUACAGAUGUUCAACACACAAUCUAAGAGCAAAAAGAUGUUCAAACUGGUGUCAGUGGAAAACACAAAGAGUCAGGUGACCAACAGAAUCGGCUUUAAGUUUGAUGCAGUCUUGGUUAAAACCAAGUGUCUGAAAUCUGAAAACCAUGACGUGAACAGCUGCAGUCUGAAGAAAAGGCAUAUGAAGUGCCACUUCAGGGUGUCUUUCGACGCCCACACCAGGAAACACGAUGUGGAGAAACACAAGUGCAAGAAACAAAUUGAGAAGGCUUAAAUUUUUUUCACAAAUAAGUUCUAUGUUUUUAUAGCUCGGUAGCUUGAUUAUCUUCUUCAAAUUUUUUACAUACUUUUUUAUGUUUCAGAAAUGAUUUACUAUUGUGCACAUGAUGAAUAUAUGCUUUAGAUAGGAGAAAACUAAAUAAAUUCAAUAAAAUCUCAAAGAAG